GCGCGGUGAUACAGAGAGAGAGACACUGAGAGAGAGAGAGAGAGAGAGAGAGAAUGAGCGCGCGCGACAUGCAGCCCCGGACUGCCGUCAAACUCCGCAUGUUCUUUGUCGUAUCAUUUGCCUGGGCCUACCAAGAUAAUACACCCAAAUACCAGCACCAUGACGCCGUGACGUCCGAGCUCCUACUGUGUGAUCAGUGCCCACCGGGUACAGCCGUGGAGCGCCACUGCACGUCAUUCUCACCCACUGUGUGCACGCCGUGCCCCGAGAGGCUCUUCGCUGAGCACUGGCACUGGGGCGAGAGCUGUCAACACUGCACCACAGUCUGCAAGGAGAGACAGGUCGUCAAGAGGGAGUGUAACGCUACACUUGAUCGUGUCUGUGAGUGUGUACCUGGGUACCACCUGGCUGUGGAGUUCUGCAUACCACACACCACCUGUCCACCAGGCUCUGGUGUUGCUAUACUAGGCACACCCGACAGUGAUACCAUAUGUGAGAAAUGCCCACUGGGUUUUUUCUCCAGCAUGACAUCAGGCACUGAGCGCUGCAUUCCCCACCGUGACUGCUCAAAGCUGGGCAUGAAAACCCUAAGAGUGGGCACUGCCACUCAGGAUGCCCUCUGCGAGUCUGAAAACACCUUUGACUGCUCUAAGAAACAGACAGAAUGCCAAGCUGAUGUCUCUUUAUGUGAGGAGGCCAUAUUCCAGUUCCUGUCAUCACCUUCUCUCGCCUCAGUCCCACUGGAGCAAUUGCUGGAGAGCCUACCAGGUCGUAAAGUGGACUGGAAGAGUGUGGAGCGGCUGAAAAAGACAUGCAACCCCGAACAGCAGGCACCAUAUCUGCUGCGCCUCUGGAGAGAGCAGAACAAGGACAAGGGCAAGCUCCACAACAUCAUCCAAGGUUUGACCAAAUGUGAGCGAAAGGUGUCGCGCUGCGCUGGUCUGAAGAACGUGACUCUGGGGGACCUGCUGCUGCUGGCGGACUCUCUGCCUGGUGAGAAGUUGAGUGAGGAGUCAGUGCGGGCGCUGGCGCUCUCUUGCCCGAAACAACGCCACGUAGCUCAGCUGCUCCAUCUCUGGAAGAGCCGAAACGUCAGCAUGGACCUCUCCACAGCUCUGAAACACAGCGUGCGACAGCUGCACUCACGGGACGCGCCAAAAACCUUGCUGCGCACCAUUAAGCGCAUCAAGAAAGUCAUCAGCACAUCCGCCGCGCAUCGUCAGUAUGAAAAGAUAAUCACCACUGCGCUGGGCGACCGGCUGUGCUUUAAAACCAAACCGUACAAUGACUGACAGCCCUGAGGCAAACGGAAACAGGACAGACAGAGAGGGGACUUAUUUAAAUGCAAAUAGAGAUGUAAAUAAUUUUUGGGCUCAGACUGGGGCUGACGUGGCAGGGUGGGAUCAGUGCGUUUUUGUUGGGGAGGGUUUGUUAGACGUGAAGACAAAAGAAAAUAUUUUUGAAGCCUGUUAUUGUCUCUUGUUGGACUGCUUUUAUUGAAGUUGUAAAAA